AUGUUCCAGAAGAGGAUCGUAAACGAAUUAUUCGGGAAUUCAAUUUACUGGGAGAUAAAGCUAAACAAAACGCUUAUUUGGGUGGCCUCAUCACUUUGUUACCGGAGAAGCAAAGACGACCAAGAAAUGCUGAGAGCAACUUUAAUUUUUUCAUUUGGCUACCCACGUAAGGACACGUGCAGUUCAUGCGAUUCGUUUAAAGCACAGAUUUCAGCGCUUGAAGAAAAAUUUAAAUCCGACCUUGCUAUCAACCUGGAAGAGACAAGAAAAAACCUGCUAGUAAAACUGAAGGAGAGAGACGUAUAUCAAAAGAGAGGUGAGUGUUUCUAUAAAUUAAAAAAAGGAUACCGCAAACGUUCCAUGAAAUCUUCAACGAUGGAAGCCAACGCGAUGGAAAAAAUUUACCAUGCCCCAAUAUCACCACUAAUGAUGUGUAAUGCCGACGCCAACUGA